AUGACGACGAAGACGUGGCUCCUGAUAGUAAUUGCUUUUACACUCAAUCUUGCGAUCAGCCUUGCCGAUAAUAAUACACCGAACCCGUAUCCGCUAUCAGUUCAAGCCAAGCUUGAGAAUGGACCACUGAAGGUGUACUUCCAGGCGGUCAAUAUCCCCCCCGAAGACCGGCCGCCAGAACUUGCGUAUUAUAAGGGUAGACCAAUUGCUAUGGUGGCGAUCAUGUUUUCUGGACUUGCAGAGGGCCAAGAGUUUACCUACUUCAUUCACGAGAAACCGAUCGAAAACAACGAUUGUAACACCGCCGGUGGGCAUUGGAAUCCGAAAGGCAGGGACACGUGGUCUGCAAGUUACCGUUGCGAUGCCCGCAGACCGGGUCUGUGUGAGGCGGGAGACUUGUCCGGAAAGCAUGGCAAGCUCAAGGGCACCGGCACCCCUCAAGCCCCGGCGGUCACGUACUAUGAUUCGAGCCUGAAACUCACUUAUUCUCGACGAGGGAUGCUCGGAAAAAGCUUGGUGGUGUAUGAUUCAUCCAACAAACCAAUCUUGUGUGGUAAUAUAAUCGACCCUUCGACGGUUGCUGAAGCAAGCAGCUAAAUCGACGACUAUCUAGAUCCCUAGGCUAGCCAUCAUUCUUCUUCUCUUCAAUCUGAUACCAUCACAUCAAUCUGAAUUUCUGAAAAUACAAGACCUGUUGUAAAUCAGUGGACUUUCCCAUACUACACCAUACCCUAUAGACAUCGCUGGAUCGCGGUAUAGUACCCCUCUAUCACCCGAACGCUCGAAGCUUUCGAAGACGUGCUUCCGCGCUGUCUACA